AUGCUGAAGCUACAUUUACUGAGAGUGAGGAAUGCCCUGGUGCGAGAGUGUAUGGCUGAGUUCUUGGGAACCUUUGUCUUGUUGCUUUUUGGUUGUGCAGCAGCAGCACAGGUUAAAACCAGCAGAGAGACUAAAGGCCAGUUUCUGUCGGUCAAUAUGUCCUUUUCUGUGGGUGUCAUGUCAGCCAUGUACCUCACCAAGGGAAUCACAGGAGCCCAUCUGAACCCAGCGGUGACUCUGAGUUUCUGUGUGUUGGGCCAGGUACCCUGGAGUAGGCUGGCUCCCUACAGCCUCUCCCAGCUUCUGGGGGCUUAUGUAGCAUCAGGGCUUGUCUACCUGAUCUACUACGAUGCUAUAAUGGAGUUUAGUGGAGGAGUGUUGACAGUGAUCGGCCCAAAUGAGACAGCAUCUAUAUUUGCGACAUAUCCCACAGAGCAUCUUACUUUGGGCAGAAGUUUCCUGGACCAGGUGGUGGGCACCGGCAUGCUGCUGUUGUGCAUCCUGUGUUUGGGUGAAAAGAGGAACACCCCUGCUCCCCCAGGGCUGAUUCCUCCUAUUGUGGCAGCGAUUGUCCUGGGGAUCUCCGUGUCAAUGUCAGGUAACUGUGGCGGUGCAAUAAAUCCUGCUCGGGACCUGGGACCGCGCCUCUUUACUCUGACUGCAGGCUGGGGCACAGAGGUCUUCACGUGUUACAACUACUGGUUCUGGGUACCUAUACUGGCCCCACUUGUUGGAGGUGUUUUAGGAAGUUGUGUGUAUUUGGUCUUCAUUCACUGGCAGCUGCCUGAUCCAGACCCCGCUGACGACUUCUUCGUUCUCUCCACCAUUAGUGACAAAAUCAAACAGCCCAGCACCAAAUGGGAAAGUGAAGCAGAGUUAAAGUCUGCACAUCUAUAA